AUGAUUAUCGAUAAUGAAAAAUAAUAGAUACGAGAACUUUUUGCAAAUGAUCAGAAAUAUGCUUAAAAUGAAAAAAAGAUCUAAAAUGAUUUCAUAGUUUCGAUGCAAGUUGCAAAAUAUGAGUUAAAAAAUAGAGAUGAUCCAUUACUUAUAUAAGCAGGUCUAAUUUUGAUUUUUAUCCUUAGGUCUAACUGAGUAAAAAUAAUCCGUUUUUAUUAUAUAAGGCAAAUUUUAGACUGAAAAUAAUAUAAGGUCAAUCACAUAUUAUAUGAUCUCUUAAUUGCAGAAUUAAAAAAAUUAGUAAAUAUUCCAUAAUACUUUUAAGAGAGUUCUUUAUCAUUUACAUUAAUACAGAGUUGAAAACCUAUUUGAAUCUAUCUAAAUUUUAUUCAAUUUUUAAAGAAUUUCCUUGUAUCUAUUUUGAAAAUCUUUAAAAACUUUUUAUACUACAUGGUAACAUUUUCAUUAAAUCAUGGUUUUGGUUUCAAAAUAGUAUUUAAAUAAAAGUCUUGAAAUAAAAAACCAUUUAUCUUGAUAAGUAAAAUAUAAACAAUAAAAGACUAGAGUUGCGUAAUUGCUGAAUUAUCAGUUUUUCAAAAAAUAAUAAUUUGAGAAAAUGCCUGCUUAUUGUAAGGAUUCUUCUUAUCAAUAAUUUUAAUAAGCAUUUAAUGGAAAUCAUUAAAAAAUUGUCCAAUAAUCAACAAAUUAACUUUAUAAUCUUGAAUUGGAUCAAUAUGAAUUUACAAAUAAAGGAAUUCCAUUAAUUAUUGAUCUAUGUGUUACAAAAUUAUUAUAAAAUCCUUAAAAUAUUCAAUUAGAAGGAAUAUUUAGGUUAUGCUCUGCAUAAACUCAAGAUAGAUAGUUUGAAAGUUUUUUAAUUUAAAAAUAGUAUUCAGAAAUACUAGAUUUCGACAAUAUCAUAGUUAUAGCAAAUUUUAUAAAGAGAGUUUUAGAUAAAUUAAAGUAUUCAGUUGUUCCGUAUUAAUUUUAUAAUUAAAUAAUUUCUAUAAAGCAAUAUUUUGUUCAAGAAACUUAGGCAUUAAUUUAGUAGUUCCCAAUUCUGAAUAGAAACCUAUUUACUUUAAUUAUAUUACUGCUAUAACUGGUGGCUUAAAAUUCUGAUAUCAAUAAGAUGACGUCAAGUAACUUAUCUAUUGUUUUUGGGAUAAGUUUAAGUAGGCCACUAGAAUAUGAAUAAGCUAAUAUUUAAGAACAAUAUUAAAAGUAUAAUUCUUUAAAGUAUACUUUAGAAUAAAAAUAAUAAAUUAGUUUAUUUAAUUCAUAAUUGAUAAUGCUUCUGAAAUAUUUCCAAAUUAAAUAAUUAAUGAUUUUUUACUAGAAACAGGGGAAGAAUAAAUAGAGUAACAAUGA